AUGGUAGCCGGUUGUGGCAACAAAUGCAUCAAAUAUAUCCUAUGGUUGAUUAAUUUCCUGUUUUUUGCUCUAGGAGCGGCUAUCGUUGGUCUUUCAGUAUGGCUUCGAUUUGACAAGUCGUUUCUCAGUAAAGCUGUUAGUACAAUUAAAAUUGACACCAACAACUUGCCAUUGGAAAGUUUUUACUGGAUAUUGUACGUUGCAAUGGCCUUUGGUCUCGUGCUUCUGAUCCUCGGAUUUCUGGGUUGUUGCGGUAGCGCUUGUGAAGUUAUGUGUGCUAUUGGGCUGGUAAGUAUCCGAAUCAUUUGUAUCAUCGAAAUUUCACAACAUUUAAUUCCAGUUCACAUCGUGAGUGAGAACUUUGAGAAAACCUCUACAUUCACUAUUAUACCAGGUACACUGGUUGAAGCUUAUUAA